UAUAUUUAAACCUUUAUCAAAUGUAAUUAAAAUAAAAGAAUGGAGAGAUCUGAUGUAGUUUCGUGGAGUAAAAAUAAUCCUUACCUACUUGAUACGUGGUACGGAUAUUUGCAUCUUCCUUCUUCAGCUCGCAAUCGACACCGAUCAUGAUUCAUGACCAUGCCCCGUCUAUAUGUAACCGAGAAACAUGAGCAUUCUAAAAGAUAAAAGAAAUUGCCAUGGCAUUCUUGUGCUUAAACCUCACUCUUCCCAUCUUCUUCUUCUUCUUCUUCUUAUUUUUCCACUUGGCACUCCCCACGCCGGAGGAUCCGAUAAAGUGCUCCUCAGAGGACACAAACACAAGCUGCACCGUCACAAACUCGUACGGCAUGUUCCCCGAUCGAAGCAUUUGCGAAGCGGAACGAGUGUUUUACCCGAGAAACGAGGAAGAGGUGGUGAAAGUGGUAGCGUCAGCGAGUGAAAGAAAAAAGAAGGUGAAAGUGGCGACACGUUUCUGCCACAGCAUCCCCAAGUGGGUGUGCCCAGAUGGCCAAAAGGGGUGGCUUAUAAGCACCAAAUAUCUGAACAGGGUGUUGGAAAUUGACGCCGAGGCAAAGAGCAUAACGGUGCAGAGUGGCGUGACACUGAAGCAGGUCAUAGAAGAGAGUGCGAAGGCGGGGUUGGCGUUGCCGUACACGCCGUAUUGGUGGGGUUUAACCAUGGGGGGCAUUUUGGGAACAGGGGCUCAUGGAAGCUCCUUGUGGGGGAAAGGAAGUUCGGUUCAUGAACGUGUCGUGGAACUUAGAAUUGUUACGCCUGCGGGUCCCCAAGACGGCUAUGCUAAGCUUCAGAUUCUAACUCAACAACAUCCACAUCUCCAUGCAGCUAAACUCUCACUCGGCUUGCUUGGCCUCAUUUCACAGCAGAUUACUUUGAGACUAGAACCUCUGUUCAAGCGAUCCAUUACCUAUUUGACCAAAAACGAUUCAGAUUUGGGGGAUCAAGCUGCAGCAUUUGGACAACAACAUGAGUUUGCAGAUAUAUUUUGGUACCCAAAUCAACACAGGGCUGUAUACCGUGUUGAUGAUCGUGUGCCCAUCAAUACAUCAGGCAGUGGUGUCUAUGAUUUCAUCCCUUUCCGUUCCACUCCCUCACUUGAAUUAGCACUCAUCAGAACCACAGAGGAUGCUCAGGAGCCAAUUGGUGAUGUAGACGGGAAAUGCUCCCUCGCAAAGAUAGCAACUAGUACCCUUAUGGCUACUGCUUAUGGACUAACUAACAAUGGUGUAAUCUUCACUGGAUUCCCUGUAGUUGGAUUUCAUCACCACCUUCAGGCUUCUGGGUCAUGCCUAGAUGUUGAUAUGAAUGCAAAGAUCACAUCAUGUCCUUGGGACUUCAGAGUCAAAGGAGAGUUCUUUCACCAAACUGCAUUUAGCAUUGGUUUGUCUGUGGUAAAGAACUUCAUUGAAGAUGUGCAAAAACUAGUUGAAUUGGAACCAAAGGGAUUUUGUGGAAUAGAGAUCUAUAACGGAAUUCUAAUGCGUUAUGUGAAGGCUUCAAGUGCUUACUUGGGGAAGCAAGAGGAUGCCAUAGACUUUGAUAUCACAUACUACCGUAGCAAAGACCCAAUGACUCCUAGGCUAAAUGAAGACAUUAUUGAAGAGAUUGAGCAGUUAGGAAUUUUCAAAUAUGGAGGCUUACCCCAUUGGGGUAAGAACAGGAACGUAGCGUUUGAAGGUGUAAUGAACAAGUACAAAAAUGCAGGGAAGUUUUUAAAGGUCAAAGAUGAGUAUGAUUCACAAGGGCUAUUCUCUAGUGAGUGGACAGAUCAAGUGCUUGGUCUAAAAGAAGGGGUAACAAUAUCAAAGGAUGGGUGCGCAUUAGAAGGUUUGUGUAUAUGCUCACAGGACAACCAUUGUGCACCAAGCAAGGGCUACUUUUGUAGACCAGGCAAAGUCUAUAAGGAAGCAAAGAUUUGUACUCGUCUGAGAUAUUAACAAGUGUAACAAAUGGAUUAUUAAUAGAAUAAUGGAGUUAAGAAUAUAAUUAACAUGGAGAGAAAAAGAGGGAGAGAGACAAGAAAAUGUAAU